AUGAGGUGCCCGGAGCAAGCUCCGCCCUCAUCACGGGUUGCCCUGGGACGAGCUCCCAUAUGUUUAAAAUGUUUCCAACCCGGACAUAUGAGGAAGGAAUGUCCCAUGAGUAAAGCUUUUUUGUCCUCUGCCUCAUCAUAUGCCAAUGUUCUGAACAGAUCCUCGGUUAAUAUACCCAGUACUUGUUUCGUGCCAGUAUCUGCUCUUCCUAAAGAGAACGCUCCUCUUCCUCCUCCUCCGCCUCCUGCUCAUGUUAAACUUUAUGAGAGGAGGGUGGAUGAGGAUUGGUUUUACACACCCAAACAAAAUGCAAAAAAAAGUACUUCAUCAGAAUGCAAUACUGUGCCCGUUAGCAAUAUUUCUACUUCUGUUAAUUCGAGUACUAAAAAAAUGGCAUUACAAACUUCUUCACCAUCUAAAAUUAAACACAACCACACCUCUGACAAGCUCCAGUCUGCUGCAGCUGGGGCCAACACGUCUUCGUUGAGAUCGGAAAAUCUGUCAUCUUUACCAAAGUCAAAGCCAGGAAAGCCUAACUUGAACAAAGAACCAGCUAUUGAAUCCAUGGAUACUGUAAUGGAUGAUAUUAACCCGGUUGAAAUGGUCAGUGAUGUUAUGGAUAAUUUAGCUGACACUGAAAAGCUAAAUGAUAUCCUAAGUAGCAUGACUCCUGGUCGGUCGACCGAUGGGGAGGGGUUCGGAUUGGGUGAAGAGUCUUCUGAAGACUCUCCGAUUUAA